CAUCAGCCCGUCCAGAUUUCAGAUUUUCUCGAGAUUUCCCGGAACCGCCGCACCCAACCACAAGUGAUAGCGCCGCUGCCACCCCGCGCCGGCCUCGAACACUCCCGCCUGAGACCCGAGACGCCCUCUUUCAUGCCGUGCGUCCACCCGAGGUGAGGCCUUAGAUCAAUUAGGCCUCUCUGCCAGGCCGCUACUGGCCCCUCUCUCGCCAUGCAGCUCCGAGCGGGAUCCUCGGCCGUGCGCGGUGCCGCUGGUGCCGGCGCCCGCCUGCACAUGCGCCCGGCCCGGCCCUCGCCCUGUCUGGCCUGCUUGAGGACACAGCCGUCGCCGGGGCAGUGGAGGACACGGCGGACACAGCACGAGAGCACGGCGCCGUACCACUCGUCCCCCAGGAGGUCGUCGGCAUGGGCGGCGGCUGUGUCGGUCGCCGGCAAUGUCGUCUCCAACGCCAUCUCGCGGGCGGCAAAGAGCAACCUCGGCAUCGACCCGCUGAGGAUCGUGGCUAAGGAGAUGAAAUUUCUGACGGGCAACAUUCGCCAGCUGCUCGGCUCCGGGCACCCCUCGCUAGACCGCGUCGCAAAGUACUACACACAGGCCGAGGGCAAGCACGUACGCCCGUUGAUCGUCCUGCUCAUGUCGCGCGCAACCUCGCUCUGUCCCAAGGCACCCCGCAACCGCUACAUGGACGCUGCCGCCCCGGGCAUCGACGCUCCUAUAACCCCUCUCGGCAUCCUCGGCGACGUCAACCCCUCGACGACCGCCGCCGCGCCCACAUCCCAGUCCUCGCCCUCCACCACCACCCUCGAGGGCGACCCAGACAUCCUCCCGUCCCAACGACGGCUAGCCGAGAUCGCCGAGCUGAUCCACACCGCGUCGCUACUACACGAUGAUGUCAUCGACCACUCCGUCUCGCGGCGCGGGUCCCCCUCGGCCAACCUCGAGUUCGGCAACAAGAUGGCCGUCCUGGGCGGCGACUUCCUGCUGGGCCGCGCCUCGGUCGCGCUGGCCCGCCUGCGCGACGCCGAGGUCACGGAGCUGCUGGCCACCGUCAUCGCGAACCUGGUCGAGGGCGAGUUCAUGCAGCUCAAGAACACAACGCGAGACGAGUCCCGCCCGCGCUGGAGCGAGGACGCCCUGGCCUACUACCUGCAGAAGACGUACCUCAAGACCGCCUCGCUCAUCAGCAAGAGCUGCCGCGCCGCCGCCCUCCUCGGCUCCACCGACGCCGCGACGGUAGACGCCGCCUACGCCUACGGCCGGAACCUCGGCCUGGCCUUCCAGCUGGUCGACGACAUGCUCGACUACACGCGAUCCGCCACGGAGCUGGGGAAGCCCGCCGGCGCGGACCUGGAGCUGGGCCUGGCCACGGCGCCGCUGCUUUUUGCCUGGAAGACGCAUCCGGAGCUUGGCGAGCUCGUGGGGAGGAAAUUUGCACAGCAGGGAGAUGUUGAAAGGGCAAGAGAGAUCGUCCUCGCAAGCGAUGGUAUAGAACAGACGCGGGCGCUGGCCCAGGACUACUCGGAGCAGGCCAUCGCUGCCAUAAGUCACUUCCCUGACUGCGAGGCCAAGGACGGCCUGAUUGAGAUGGCAGUCAAGACGCUGAAGCGCCAGAAGUAAGCGGGAAUAUCGAAUAUAUACUGGCGGUUGGCGGUUUUAUCUGAUGAAUGUACUAUUAUGAUUCUAUACGCAUGGCGGAUUGUGGGAGCAAGCAAAGCAAACCCGGUUUGGCAAGGGCAUUUUUAGGAGGCCAUGAUUCCGCUGUCUAAAAGACUACUAGAAUAGAGCAGUGGCUUUUAUGUUCAAACUUCUUAUUGCUCUUUAUUUUGGCUUCUUUUCUCUUUUGUCACAUUCAUGAUGCAUCAUCUUCUCACCACAUCGAUACCUGUAUCAUGCAUCCUUGAAAACAAGACUUCAAUCCUCCUCCCAAUCAUCAGGAAUCUUGACACCACAAGGACAAAAGCG